GGCACCUAGAUGCACUCGGAUGCACCCUCUUUGCAUCCCCGCUGUGGGCGGUGUUGGUUUAUCGGGCGAGGACAAGGCGGAUGACUACUUGAUCUCUGCCUCUCCUUCUUCUGACUCGAAUCCAACGUCUCUCCCCAACAUUGCUCUCUUCGUCACCAAAAGCUGUUCAACCAGCCCGCAGCGUCCUCCUUCGACACAUAUAUCCACAUUCUCGUGGCCUCAUGCUGGGUCCGAAGAUCAGACAGCGGUACGAUCGACAACUCUUAGAGGUUGACAAGGCUCUGCUUCCACCAUCACCAUGGUGAAGAAACGGUCACGUGGGCCUCCAAAGCUGCCUUCUAAGCAGUUGGCAAUCCUUGCAAUAUGUAGAUUCGCAGAGCCUGUCGCCAUGACUUCGGUCUUCCCAUACCUCCCCGAAAUGAUCGAGAGUUUCGGUAUAGAUAAGAAAAAUGUCGCAAAGUGGGCUGGAAUCACUUCAUCUGUCUUCUCCCUCUCACAAUGUCUCACAGCUGUGCUUUGGGGAAGGGCGUCGGACAAGUUUGGUCGAAAACCUGCAAUCUUGAUUGGCCUCACUUGCACCAUGCUUUCAACUUUGAUGUGGGGAAUGUCAACUAGUCUUCCUAUGGCAAUAACUGCGAGAGCUCUUGCAGGUGGCUGUAAUGGCAAUGUGGGUAUUAUCCGUACCAUGGUGGCCGAAAUGGUUCCUGAGAGGGAACUUCAACCAAGAGCAUUCUCGAUUAUGCCACUCGUAUGGAGUCUGGGGUCUAUCUUCGGUCCUUCCUUUGGAGGUUUCUUCGCCAAGCCUGCAGAGCACAUGCCUGGGUUGUUUGGGAACAACAAAUUCAUGCUCAAGUUUCCAUUUGCACUUCCAAACUUCGUGGCUAGUGCGUUAUUUAUGGUCGGCAUCAGUACUGGGUUUUUAUUUCUGAGGGAAACUCUCGAAACUAGACGUCACCGUACCGAUGCAGGCCUCUUUCUCGGGAAGCAACUAUCUGCCUUUGUUAAGACAAUCUUCCGUAUGGGCAAUCUACAUCCUAAACGAAAGCCAUUCCGACGACCUUCCGAGAGCUACGAUGAAUCUUCAGCAUCCCUCCUUCGCCGAUCAUCCAUAUCCGCUUCCGAUACUUCCAAAUACGACGACUUCCCCAAGAACACCAAGCCACCUCUUCCUCGCCCGACUCUCGUCGAAGUCUUCACCCGCCAAUCAGUUAUAAAUCUAAUAGCCUACACCUUAUUGGCCCUCCACUCCGUAGCCUACGACCAACUCCUGCCCAUCUUCCUGCACCACCCACCCCAAAUCCCCACCAAAGAGAACACCCACCUCCCCUUCAAAUUCAGCGGCGGUUUCGGCCUUAACAGCAGCAGUAUCGGCACCAUGUUCACUAUGUAUGGCGUCCUCGGCUGCGUCGUCCAAUUCCUGAUCUUCCCUCCAACAGCCCGCAAAUUUGGCGUCCUAAACUGCUUCAAAGUCUGCGCCUUGUCCUUUCCAAUCAUCUGUUUCGCUACGCCUUACACAGCGCUCAUCCAAGACCCGAUGUUGCAACAAGCUACGAUGUUCGGGAUCAUGGUCGUCAAGUGCUUUGCGGUCAUCUUCGCGUUCCCGUGCUCCAUUAUCCUGUUGACGAAUUCGGCAGUCAGUUUGAGGAUCCUCGGGACGCUGAAUGGCUUCGCUGUCUCGAUUUCAGCGGUAGGAAGAGCGGCCGGUCCUGCUUUGGGCGGUGCGGCGUUCACCUGGGGAUUGGAGAAGGGGUAUGUUAUCACGCCUUGGUGGCUACUUGGCAUUAUUUCAGCAGCUAGCGCGGUACCAAUCUGGUAUCUGAAGGAAAUGGAAGGCUUCAGCAAGUCUGAUUCUAGCGAUGAAGAAGACGAAGAAUCAGAGGAAGAAGGUCUUCCAACAUUAGAUGAAUACAUCGACGGCGAGAUCCUGGAGGGCGACGAAAUCCUUCCUUAUGACCAGGACGAGGAAGCGCUUGAUACUGUGGAUGGACCGAGCCUGAAUGAACCUCAUCAUCAAUCGAGGAAAUCGCUUGAUGGGGCGAAUGAGGAUUAUAUGCAUGUCAGGAGAGCUUCGAAGGGUGGAAGUAAUAGGAGAAGUAGUUUUAAUCUGGAGAGGAGGAUGAGUUCUCCGAUUGGGGUGAGAGGGGGAAGCGUUGGGCCUGGUGGAGGGAGGAGGUUAAGUAAUGGGCUUGCCGCGAGUAAUAUGGGGCAAGGGACGGGCGGGACGAGCUUUGCUUGAUUGCUGGGGCUGCUGAGAUGGUAUACAGACCCCAAAUUGCAUGUAUAGAGAGGAUGGAAGCAUAUAGAUGAACGGAUCGCUGGUAUAAAUUCACUCAAUGUGCUAAGGCAGGUUGUGUGAGAUUUGAUGUGAAGAAACGUUGUGUGAAAGCCUG